AGAGGCGAGCCCGUCCCGCGAGCCGUCCCUUGGUCUUCCGGUUCUUCCCUUCUGUCUCGUGCUGCGGGACUUCCGAAGUGUCCAAUUCUCCGCAGUCUCCAAUUCCCCACAGUUGCUUGCCCGCUCCCGAAUCCCGGAGGCCGUCGGUCGUCCCCUCGGCCUCCUCCCCCUCCGCCGCCAGCCGACGAGCCGCGCGCAACCGGAAAUUCGCGCCUUCCUCUUCGUGGCGUGCCCAGCUGGUGCAGAUGAAUCAGACUGAGGUCUCUGGUUUGUUGUGCGUUGGCAUGCAUGAAAUGGACGGGGGUGAAGAAUCAUAUGCAGCUGAAUGCUCUAAAAUGAAUCAAGAUAAAUCCCAUGAAACAACAAAAUUUGAUGUAGUAAUGGCAACUUCGGCAAUGUAUACUGAUCAUGGCAAUACCAAUGCUACGUUAGAUGAAUAUCACAUGUCAAGAAUUCAGCAUUUGGAGGAAAUCAGAUUUGGCAGUACACAACACUUUGAGCUUCAGCCAGUUAGAAUGGUUGCUGAUUCUGAGGAAGAAAGCUCGUCAUCUAGCUCUGGCACUUCAUCUACUACUAAUUAUGAUAUGCCUGGUUACAUGGAGCAAAAUGUGCAGCAUAUCUAUACUUCUUUGGAUGCAAUGGUUGACAAAGAUGGACCAGUUAUGCUUAGUCCUGACUUUAUAAUGUGCGAUGGAACUUCACAUCUUGAGCCUCACUUUACUUUCUCAUCAGAUGGGAUCGAGAUUGAAUAUUUUGAUUUGGAUUCCUGUGAGAUGAUAGCUCUACAUUGGAAAAUAUCUAAUAUCAUUUCCAUCAUUUGUAAAUGGGCUCAGAGUGUUGGAUCUGCCUUUGUAACUUUCCUUGCUGGAUCUGAAGCAGAAAUUGGAAAUUCAGGUCCUGUUAGAGUACAAUUUUGUCUUGAUGAUCCACAAUGGCCAAGAAAACAACAAAAGAUUUGGCAUCUUGCAGCAAGAUAUCAAGAAAUAUGGAAGGAUGUUCCAUCAGAUGAUAUUGCGUCUGAUAAUUGGAGCAUCGAACCCAGUUGUUUUUUCCCUAGGCAAUACUUUUUGAGCACUGAGGACUUUGAAGAUGUUAUUUAUCCUAAAGGAGAUCCUGAUGCCGUUUCAAUUAGCAAAAGAGAUGCUGAGCUGCUUCUUCCUGAAACCUUUGUCAAUGACACCAUAAUUGACUUUUAUGUCAAAUACUUGAGCACAAGAACUGAACCUACUGAGAAGCGCAGGUACCACUUCUUUAACAGUUUCUUUUUUCGCAAGCUGGCAGAUCUUGACAAAGAUCAAGGGAGAGCUCCAGAAGGUAGAGCAGCUUUCUUACGUGUCCGCAAGUGGACCCGCAAAAUUAACGUAUUUGAGAAGGAUUUUCUGUUUAUUCCAGUGAACUUCAACUUGCAUUGGAGUCUAAUUGUUAUAUGUUAUCCUGGAGAAGUGGCGACAUUCAAAGAUGGUGAUACGGAGGUCUCUGAUAAAGUCCCAUGUAUACUACACAUGGAUUCACUUAAGGGAAGUCAUAAUGGACUGAAAGACAUCAUUCAAAGUUAUUUAUGGGAAGAGUGGAAGGAAAGGAACCCUGAAUCAGCAUCAGAUAAUUCAGACAAAUUCUUGAACUUGAGAUUUGUCUCCCUUGAGCUCCCUCAGCAGGAUAAUUCAUUUGAUUGCGGCUUGUUCUUGCUCCAUUAUGUGGAACUCUUUUUGAUGGAUGCUCCCAGUAUCUUCAACCCAUUCAAGAUCGAUGUAUUUAAUAACUUUCUUAGUGAUGAUUGGUUUCCACCUGCUCAAGCUUCUCUCAAGCGUUCAGUGGUCCAAAAGUUAAUUCAUGAACUAGUGGCAGGAUCUUUUCAGAAUCAUCCUAUGCUAGUUUGCAGUAAUGUGCAGCUUGACAAAGGGCAUCAAAGAAGCGAAAAUGUUGACCGAGAACCAACUGCAGAGUUUCUUGCUCAGAGGUGCUCUGUUGGUGAACCUGAUUCAGUUUACCCAAUUCAUGAUGGCACUCAACUAACACAACAACCGUCCACAUCCAUCUGCUUAAAUGAUUCUGAAGAAAAUGGGCUAUCUGCUUCUGGGUGCUUUUUGGACAAUGGAAAGGUUUCAAUGGUCGCUCUACAGAAUCUACAAGAGUCUGUGGUGUGUCUGCGAGACAAGGAUACUGUCAUUUGCUUGUCAAGCCAGGAUGAGAGAAAUAAGGCACUUCUUGAAGUAUCUAAUAAUCUACUUGAUAUGAGAGCAUGUAGCGCAGAAGAUUCUUCAGUUUUCAAGGAGUCAGGUUGUUUGGUAAAAGAUAAGUACAGUCAUGAGGAAUCGUUACUGGUUUCUUUGGAUAAUAACCGAAAAAAAUCCAGCCAAGCAGUAGUUGAGGUGCAUGAUAUUAUGGUUUCCAAGUGUUGCGCAAUCUCUGAUGAUGCUGAGCAGGUAAUGGCCAGUCAAGAACAAUCCUUAGAAAGAAACACAAAUGAAGUUGGGGAUGAGUGCCAUAGAGCUUCUCAAUAUAUGGAUUCUGUCAUGAUGCCUGAUGCGAGCAAAGAUGACACUAGACCUCAUCCAGAAAAGACUACAUGCAAAAUUGAGGAUGGGCAUGAUCUUUGUGAAGACACAGAUUCAGUCACGUUAGGUGCUAUUGACAAAGAUGUUGCUGAGCCUUGUUUAGAAAGGAGCACUGUCGAAGUCGAGGACACAAAACGUGAACAUGGUCUUGUGGAUCCUAUCGCAGUAAAAGAUGGUAUCAAUGACAAUACACAGGAAAUUAGCACAACUGCAGAUAAUGUUAAUCAUAGUGAGCAGUAUGUUUCACCUGAGUUGGAAGAGCGAAAUACUGAUAAUUGUAUGGUCGGUAAUACCUCUGAGUUGAAAGUCAGAAACACUGACAAUGGUACGACAGGUAGUACAAUAUCCUCUGAGUUGAAAGAUGAAAAAACUGACAAUGGUAUGACCCGUUAUAGCUCUGAGUUGAAAGUGGGAAACGCUGACGAUAGUACGACUGGUGGUGGUACAGUUUCCUCUGAGUUGAAAGAGGGAAACACUGACCAUGUGAUGGCAGCUGACUGUACAGAUGAAACCAACGUAAAUACGGAUGGUGAUGAUACUUGUGACGAUGGGGCAGUUCCUUGUGAGGAUGACACAACUUUCACUUGCACUGAUGCUGCGAUACCGCUCGUACAUAGACCCUGCAGUGCAGAGAAUGAAACAAUUUCUGAGAACACAACUUCUGAUGCUAAAAGGCCUCUGCCUGAUGGCACCUGCGGAGUGAAGAAUAUAAAUUUCUCUGACGACAAGUGCAUUCAGAAAGUUGAUGCUCAGGGUACGGAACCAAAAAUAGAGCGGCACUACAAGCGACGGAAGGUUUUGGCCGCAGAGUUAGAGAAACAACAGAGUUUCUCGGGGGUGUCAUCUUUAGAUUAGAUUUGGAUGGUGGCGGGCAUAGGUUUAGCUUGUGUCAUAUGUAGUCCUUCCCGUUGUCCUUAUGCAACCGCAAUUGUUCUGUAAUAGGUACUUCCGCUAGUAACUUUGUGUUUUACAAACCUCAUAUGAAAUGCUGAUGGCUGCUUGACAAUGUUAUUCUGUAUCUGCCUGAAAUAGAUUACAGAUGUGAAAAGUGUUGUGUGUGAGUUGCCUGCCUGCCUCAACGAAGUCAUCUAUUUUGUGUACCUAGACAUCAUGUGCAUGAACAUGUCAAAUUUGAGUUCAUUUCAGAGUUCAUGGAACAAAAA